AUGGGACCGGGCGGCGCGUGCUGGAGAGGCGGUGGCGUCCCGGGCGGGCUCAAGCGGUGGCUGUCCUCAGCUGCCCCGGCACCUCGGGUCUGCGUGGUGGGCAGCGGUCCCGCCGGCUUCUACACGGCUCAGCACAUCCUCAAGGUACUGGCUCAUGUGGCCUUUCUGUCCUUCUCCCUUAACUGUGACUUCCUUCUGCAGCACCAUGGUGGGGCCCAAGUGGACAUCUAUGAGAAGCUGCCUGUUCCCUUUGGGCUCGUCCGUUUUGGGGUGGCCCCUGACCACCCCGAAGUGAAGAACGUGACCAACACCUUCACGCAGACGGCGCGCUCGGAGCGCUGCGCCUACUACGGGAACGUCACCGUGGGGAGGGACAUCACGGUGCCAGAGCUGCAGCAGGCUUACCAUGCCGUGGUGCUGAGUUAUGGUGCUGAAGAUAACAGAGUCCUGGGGAUCCCAGGGGAGAACCUCUCUGGUGUGCACUCUGCCCGUGCCUUCGUGGGCUGGUACAACGGCCUGCCCGAGAACCAGGACCUGAAGCCUGACCUGAGCUGUGAGACGGCGCUGAUCCUGGGACACGGGAAUGUGGCGCUGGACAUCGCCCGGAUCCUCCUGUCCCCGCUCCAGCUCCUCAGGAAGACAGACAUCACUGCUGGCUCCCUGGCAGCUCUCACCUGCAGCAAGGUGAAGCGUGUCUGGCUGGUUGGGAGGAGGGGACCUCUCCAAGUUGCUUUCACUAUCAAGGAGCUGCGGGAGAUGAUAAACCUGCCUGGUACCAGGCCUGUCCUGAGCCCUGCUGACUUCACAGGCCUUGAAAAUGCUAUUAAAGAUGCCCCCAGGCCCAGGAAGCGACUGACUGAGCUGAUGAUCAAAACAGCCCUGGAGAAGCCUGGGGAGAAGACUGUGGAGGUGCAGGCAGCAGCCCCCCGGGAGUGGGGGCUGAAGUUCCAGCGCAGCCCUCAGGAGGUGCUGCCCAGCACCGAUGGGACACGAGUGCGAGGGGUCCGCAUGGCCCUGACACGCCUGGAGGGCUCAGGUGACUCUGCUAAAGCCAUCCCCACUGGAGAUGUGGAGGACCUGGAGUGUGGGCUGGUGCUCAGCAGCAUUGGCUACCGGAGCCUGCCCCUGGACCCAGCAGUGCCCUUCGAUGCCCAGCGUGGAGUUAUCCCAAACAGCUCUGGAAGAGUGGAGGGUGUCCCAGGUCUGUACUGCAGUGGGUGGGUGAAGAGAGGACCCACAGGUGUGAUCAUCACCACCAUGAAUGACAGCUUUGACACUGCCCAGUCUGUGCUGGAGGAUCUCCAGGUGGGCACUCUGGACAUGUCCAGCUCCAGGGAAGGCUUUGGAGCUGUGGAGAGCAUCCUGCGCAGCCGAGGGGUCCGUCCCGUUUCCUUCUCGGACUGGGAGAAGAUAGAUGCUGCUGAAGUGGCAAGAGGCAAAGCUGCUGGCAAGCCCCGGGAGAAGAUUGUGGAUCCUCAGGAGAUGCUGCAGCUGAUCGGGCACUAA